AACAGAAGAAGAAGAAGAUGACGAUGAUGAUGACCAACCUUUUACUGCUCAAGCUACGCGGAACUUACCAAUCAGCUAGCUUAGCCGUGUCUAGUCUCUCCGUUGUUGUGUUAUCUAGCCAUGUUUGUUUUAUAUCAGAAUAUACAGCUGAGGUAGAUUAGAGUUAGGAGGUGUAAAAGUGCGACUCUGCCCCAGCGGAGUUUGGUUAAUUAGCUUAACUUUACAGUUUCUAACUGCUGUUAAGCUAGGCUAACAGUUAGCAGGCUAGCCACAGGACAACGUAGCUUUUCUGUUAGCUGCUUCGUUGUGGAUUCACGUCGUUUCAUAUUUCACCUCACCAGUCGAGACCAGAUUAAGAUUUUACCGGAACUUGGACCCAUCAAUGAUGUCUGGAGCUUUUUUCGCUCUCUCAUCUGUCUCCAGUUUUUCCACUCAACAAACCAUGUGUUGUUAAUCCCAAACGAACCUCAUCUUGGCAGCAGAAUGAUACUUGACACUGACCCCACCCAGCCCACAGAGACAAGAGCCCCGAAAACAAAGUUCUGCAAAUGAUAUGAUAGUAGCUGCCUGGAUCACUUUCUGUGCCUGCAGGAGCCUUGCUCAGGUUGUGCUCCUUCUCUCCUCUUCGAAACCCCUGCCUCCAUCCUUGGAGACCCUUGCUAGUGUGGUCUCCAGCUUUGGAACCAUGGGUAACAGCUGUGUGUGCAGAGAUGACAGCGACUUAGAGGACCACCAUCAGGGGUCAUCAUCACGAGGGACUCUAGCACAAGCCAGACGGGUGGAUCACAGCACAUCUGUUGGCGUGGAUGCUGGAGACAGAAGCAGUCGGCCCAGAGAUCCGGUCCGGCCGCCUCGCAGAGGCAGAGGGCCUCAUGAGCCAAGACGGAAGAAGCAAAAUGUGGAUGGUCUGGUGCUGGACACCCUGGCUGUUAUCAGGACACUUGUAGACAAUGACCAGGAGCCUCCUUAUUCCAUGAUCACCCUGCAUGAAAUGGCAGAGACCGAUGACGGUUGGCUCGAGGUGGUUCAGUCUCUGAUACGUGUGAUCCCAUUGGACGAUCCUCUUGGUCCUGCAGUUAUCACCCUUCUCCUGGAUGAGUGUCCUCUUCCUACAAAGGAUGCUCUACAGAAGCUCUCUGACAUGUUGAGUCUGAGUGCUUCAGUGGCCCAACAGGAUGCUCUUAACCCUGCUAAACACAGAAACACCACGGCUGUACUGGGAUGCCUGGCAGAAAAACUUGCAGGCCCAGCCAGUAUUGGGUUGUUGAGUCCUGGAACCCUGGAGUACCUUCUAGAGAGCUUGAGCGCUGACUCCCACCCAACUGUCAUGCUGUUUGCUCUCAUCGCUCUGGAGAAGUUCUCUCAGACAAGUGAGAACAAACUCACCGUCUCUGAGUCUUCCAUCAGCGAUCGACUUGCUGUCCUCGAGUCAUGGGCCGACCACCCAGACUACCUGAAGAGGCAGGUCGGUUUCUGUUCACAGUGGAGUCUCGACAACCUGUUCCUAAAAGAGGGUCGUCAGUUCACUUACGAGAAAGUCAACCUCACCAAUAUCAAUGCAAUGCUCAACAGCAAUGACGUCAGCGAGUAUCUCAAGAUUUCCCCCACGGGAUUAGAGGCACGAUGUGACGCCUCUUCUUUUGAGAGUGUGCGUUGUACAUUCUGUGUGGAUUCAGGAGUUUGGUACUAUGAGGUGACGGUGAUUACUUCAGGGGUGAUGCAGAUUGGAUGGGCCACCAAAGACAGCAAGUUCCUGAACCAUGAAGGUUAUGGGAUUGGAGAUGAUGAAUAUUCAUGUGCAUAUGAUGGCUGCAGGCAGCUCAUCUGGUACAAUGCUCGGAGUAAACCUCAUUCUCAUCCUUGCUGGAAGGAGGGAGAUGCCAUUGGGUUCUUGUUGGAUCUUAACAAAAAACAAAUGAUCUUUUAUCUUAAUGGACACCAGCUGCCGCCAGAGAAACAAGUCUUCACCUCAGCCACGUCUGGUUUCUUUGCAGCAGCCAGCUUCAUGUCGUACCAGCAGUGCGAGUUUAACUUUGGGGCCAAGCCGUUUCAUCAUCCUCCCUCUGUGAAGUUUAGCACCUUUAAUGACUUCGCCUCCCUAAAACCCGGUGAAAAGAUCAUCCUGCCAAGACACCGGCGUCUGGCCUUACUGAAGCAGGUUAGCAUCCGAGACAACUGCUGCACGCUGUGUUGUGACGUGAUGGCUGAUACAGAACUGAGGCCUUGUGGACACGGUGGAAUGUGCAUGGAGUGUGCCUUACAGUUAGAGACGUGCCCCCUGUGUCGCCAGGAAAUCCAGACACGAGUCAGACUCAUUGCACAUGUCUCCUGACAAGCUUCAAGCUCCUCCUCCUGCCAGGAGGAAAUAUACACAAAGCCUACAAUUGCCUCCUCCUUCAUUCUCAUGAAUCCAAGAAGAACGAAGGUGUGGCGGUUUUCUAAUGUUGAAAGAACUGUAGGUCUAUGUCCUUGGAGGCAGCGGUGAAGGGGACAAUAGAAGAAGAAAGGAGGUAGAAGACGUGGAAAUCAAACCACAGCUGGAUUCCUCCUCACUUUCCUGAAUCUCCUCCUGAUAUUGAUCACAGGGAUGAACCAGGCGCCUGCAGCUUUCUGCUGUUUUUGUUUUCGUCUUUUUUUUUUCCAGACUAAAAAGGGUUAAUGCACGGAGCAGAGAUUGUGUAAUUCAAUUACAUAAAUAACCAACUUCUCAUUUACUGUAAAUUUAUCCAGAAAUAAUCCCCAGUCGUUUCUCUUGGACUCCACUUCUAUUUAACCCCAGCAGUAUAUUGCACGUGACGCCAGUUUUAAGGGCUGGCCAGCAGAGGAGAAAGCAUCCUUUAGUACAGUAUUAAAUCUAAGGUACAAGUAAAUUAAUUUCAUGGAUAUGCUAAAUAUUGUGCUCUAAAGGUAGCAUUUUAUUAUUUUCCAGCUCCUGUUGUACUUCUGUCUUUAUGGAUCGUAUGCCCAAAAAACCGAUUUAUUUGGCUUAGUAUCAGACUUUUGCCUUUGACGGAUUAUAUUUUUAAAUUCAGUUUAAUGAAUUGUUUAAAAUCUGUCCAAAAGAAAGAAAUGUCACGUAGUUUGUUAGAUCUGAGGGAUUUUCCUGAUCCUGAUGCUUCUGGUGUUUUCUUGUAAGCUCAGAUGUGUACCCUGAAACUAUAAGGGCCUCGAUUCUGUAGAAACCGAGUGGGCUGUUCAGCUUUCACUGAGAUCAAAUGUCCGUAAAAGUGGUUAUUUAGCUUCUCUGUGAGGAUCGAAUUCGUGUUUGUGAUUGAUAACAUGUUUGUGCGUUCAGCAGGCAGUUUGCAGUCCUCGAGAUGCGGUCUGUCUUCUCACCAUAAAUACAGUUUGUUGUUAUUGUUGCUUAAAGCAAAACUAAAAGAUCAGAAUUUUCCCUCCCUUCCGCCUGACAGGGCCCUCCUGAAACAUCAUCCAAGAUCUUAAGUGGAGUAAAGAAAUCCAGAUUGGAUUAUGGCAAUCUUGUGUAUUUCAUAGGAAAACUGUUCUUUCAUGCACAGCCCUAGGCAGGGUUUCUCUUCUACAAAACUCCAGAUGUCUCUCGUAUCGCUGUCAAGUAAACAACGUCCUUCAUUUCCCUCUGUGCUCUAAACAUGGCGGUUUUCAGUUUGUCUAUCUUCUGCAUACUUGAUUCUUCUCUGGGUUUACUGAACUGAUUUCAAAACGGGUUUCUAAAUUAUUGGACAGCCGAAUGUCAUUCAGGAAAAGAGAGAAAAAAAAAAAACUCACUAGCAUUUCAGAUAAUACUAAAUCACUUAAAUUAUUGUUAAACAAGACCCUGCGGAGCCCAAAAAGUAAAGAAAUUUGAAAAUAUCCUGGGAAGAAGAUGGAGAACUGAUGGGUUUCAGAAGAGGGGUCGACAUUUGUUUUUCCUGGAGCACCUUAAACGUGAAUACGGAAGAGAAGGAGCCUUUUGUGGUUGGAAACCAAGUUCAGGAUUGUAAUUAUUUGUGACUUGUAUUUAAAAUGUUUAUAAAGGAAUUAUGAUCUGGGGUUCCCAAAGAUGUGAUUUAUUAAGAAAUUGUUGUUUCUUGAUUGAUAUUUGUAAUAAAUGUAUGUUAGUGUGA